CAGGACGCUUGCUGGUUCGGACGUGAAUCGAUUUGAUUUGCUGCCCUACUACUCUCGCCUUAUUGCUACAUUGUCACCGGUGAUGCCUGAUCUCAUUGGAUAUGUCACUGAGCCCCUUGAGCGAGAGUUCCGCUGGCAGCAGGCGAAGAGCAAGAAACAGGUCAAUUUGGACUUCAGGACGCGUGUUAUUCGGUACUUUGCCGAGCUCACCAAGUUUGGAGUAUAUAAGAAACAGAAUGCUCUCAACGUACUGCAACGCUUGGUGGCCGACUUUGUGGGAUUCAACAUAGACCUCGCGUGUGUUUUCUUAGAACAUUGCGGCGUAUUCCUGUACCGGUCUGGCGAAUCGCAUGCCAGGACGGCCAAGUAUCUGGAGAUCAUGAUGCGGAAACGAGCGGCACAGAGGAUGGACGCGCAACACGUCAGUGCUAUUGAAAAUGCCUUCUAUAUCUGUAAUCCACCACCGAGCACGCGCAAAGUCCGCAAGGACCGACCAUCAGUACAGUUGUACAUUCGCCACCUGCUGUACACCAAGCUGAAUAAGUCCACGUGCAUCUACGUCACAAAACAGAUCCGGAAAUUGCCAUGGGGUAAUCCUGAAGUUCGGAAUUACGCGAUAAAAUGUUUGAGUAAGCCUUGGAAGUGUAAACACGGGUCCGUUCGACAACUGGCCGCCGUAGUAGAUGGGCUGGACGUGUACCAAGAAGGCGUGGCUAUGCGUGUGGUGGAUGCUACGGUGGAGCAUAUCCGCCUGGGUUUGGAGGUGAACCGAUUAGACUGGAAUCGAAUGCGUCUCUCCACCAUCCACUACUUUGGAGAACUGUAUGUGUACCAGAUGGUGUCCACUAGUCUGUUACAGGACACACUAUACACAUGUCUGUUGUUUGGCCACGAUCUCUACUCCAACCCUAAUGCGCCAUCGCAAUCGCCGCUAGACCCACCUGGUAACUACUUCCGCGUGCGGUUGGUAUGCGCCCUAUUAGAUGUGGUGGGAUUGUACUUGACCGGCAGCAACACCAAGAAAAAACUAGAGUUUUUUCUCAUGUUCUUCCAGCGCUACUCUCUGGGCAAGCAGCUGCCGUUGCCAGUUGAAGUAGAUUUCCUAAUACAAGAUAUAUUUGACACGUUGGCACCCAAGGCCAAGCUGUACUCCACAUGGGUAGAGGCGAACGAGGCUAUUCUAACACUACAGAACCAGCUGGUGGGAGAUGCCCUUCAGAAACAACGCGAGGACUUUGAAAAGAAAAAUCCGACCACCCAGACUCAUACAAAGGAUUCAGGUGAAUCCACAAAUGCUACCACGGCUGCUACACAGAGUCCUGCAGCCGACACGCAGGUAAGCGAUGCACACACGCCUAGCGUGGUGGUGCAGAAGGCACCUCAGGACGCAGAAACUGCAUCCAUCUCGGGCAGUCAACUGUCCCAAUCCACCAGUCUGCGCAGUCUGGGCGGGAGUGAAGCGGAGAGUGAUCUCAGCGACAACGACAACGACAAUGAGGCAGCCAGUGAACUGGACGAGAAUGGCGAGGCUUACGAUGACAAUGAUACGUAUGGGGGCAGUGAGGCUGAAACAAGGGGUGACCGGAAUGGGAACCCUGAGAGUGAUGCGGAAAGUGAGAGUGAGCUGGAUGAGAAGAAGCAACAGCCAAGCGACAAGGACGAAUGCGACAGUGACAGCGACAACGACAGCGACCGCACCACCGCACACGACAGCGACGAUGGAGGGUUCAAUUCUGUCAGGCUUAGAAAGGCACCGCAACCCCAUGAACCGGACGAGUUCGAUCUCAUGUUCAUCGACGAAUUCUCCAAAUUCGCGAGCGAUCAAAAUGUUGCGAGGCGAAAUGAAGCCAAAACAUCAGUGCUAGACAUCCCCAUUCCCAUUAGUGUCAAAAAGGUCACGCUUGCGAAAGCCGAUCAGAUGGGCACACUGUCCGCCAGCGCCGCAGAUGCGCAGAGGAAUUCCGGGACCAAUAGCGAGAUGACCGACGAAUGGCCGACGCUCGGGGGAGGCGACGAGGAUAUAAAUAGAACACAGACACCGCAACAGGCACAGUCCCAGGUGCACCAUGAAGAUACGGCAAUAGCCAGAGCGCUUGCUCCCACAUCUACAGUGGCUGUGAAGGCUCACUAUGGGGCUGAGGGCAUGGUCAGAAAGCCUUCUCCAGGGGGUAGUGGCAUCAAGUUUGCGUUGAUGACGAAGAAGGGCAACAAGCCACAACUCAAGGACAUUGAUGUGCCCAUGGACUCAACGUUUGCGCUGAACAUCAAGAAGAAACAAGAGGAGGAAUUGGCUGAGCAAAGAGAGCUCAAGCGCUUUGUUCUCGACUACGAAGAGCGCGCCGAAGAGAUGGAGGCGCAAGAGGCAUUGCAGGAACAACGGGCAGCCACAUGGAAAGCAGCGCAACAGGCUAAGAAGCCGCCUACUAUGGAGAAUCGGCAAUCGGAGAGAGAGGACAUCACGUCCAAGUUUACUAGCAUCGCAAUGGGCCCCAGGCGACACCCUCCGGCGGACAACUCUAAGAGAAAUCGAUGAAGUCUGAUCGGACACCCGUGCAGCAAGUGCGAGGAGUACCUGCGCUCUUGGCCAUCAGAAUUUGCCAGUCGGCUUACCCCAGUCAAAGAAUUGAUCCGUAUCGGAUAUCUACGACAAUGCUAGCUAUUCACACGCAUCACAGUACACCUGCCUUUUAGGCGAUACUCAGAGUGCACCGUGACAACUGCAGUGCAAUGGGCUCACCCGAGUGCACAGUUCAUGGUACUCACCGUAAAUAGAUAUUGCAUUGGAAUUAUCUAAAAGCACACGAUGUGUGCACUGACGCAUAGUUGGGAUACGAUUUUGUGCCAAUGCCUGGCUGUGUGUGGAGAGGUUACUGUGGUGUGAACGCACCGAGUGAGAAAUCGCACUACUGCGUAGUCACUGCGGAGGUUUGAAUCCGAGCUGGCUGUGAAUUAUCAAUCUUGGCAACUUGAGAGAUCGAAAAUUCGCGUAUUCAGCGAUGAAACCAAUUUGUAAUAGUAUGUGCAUUUAUGUGCACAUGGCCACAUACAUGCAUGAAUAGUCGUGUGUGUACUCACGGAGGGUAGCAAAGGCUGGCUCACAUGAGGAUCGAGGGGUCUAGUACCGUCGAAGUCGCCAAAAGCAACUCGCCACUUGCAAACUUGGACUCCGUGAUUAAUUUGUAUUAUGACGACGUCUGGUCGCAGAGAAUCUCGUGAUCGGGGCGAUCCAUAAAUAGGCUCGUGUCAGCAGCAAUUCUGUCUAAACUGCCCUAACGAUGCAACGUUAUCAGCAGUGCCACGAAGAUCGGGGUGCAACUUAGUGCAAGCGUAGUAUGCUGACAGCGGUGGCAAUUCAUGGUUUGUACGCAUGCACAGUGAAAGCUGUAGCUGGAAACGUAUUCUGAACACGACCUAGUCGCACUAAACAAUGCAUCUCAACAUGAUAAAGCACCAGUUUGCGCUUUUAGUAUAUGAACCUUACAGACUGGCCAUACUGUAUGCGGAGACAUUCCCCGGGUACUGCAUUGCAUGUGUGCAAGCUGGUCCAAUACUGUGCUCCAAGAUUUAUGCGGACACAUAGCCUGAAAACUGAAGUAAAGUUGCAGGCUGCAUCUCAUGGCAGUAUUUCAGGGUGACGCAAACUACACUGCGUACCGCACGCGAUCACACCACCAACUACAUAAGAGGUAGAGAAAAACACCACUGGCCGUUGUGCAACAGCUGCUCUGCCUGAUCCGGGUAGUACUAGCUGGAAUAAAAGCGAUGCAACUAUAGCACGGGGUGGCAAACCUACUAUCAAAACGAACAUAAAGUACAAAUGGCA